AUGCCGCCACGACCCGAUCCUAGAAUGGCAGCAGUGCUAAGGGCAUUCGAAGCCCUAGGCAAUGCCCCGGAACAGACCCCGGAAGAACUUGAAAGAUAUAGGGUGGCGCAAUGCUUGGAGCAGUUUACCAAGCUUAAACCACCCCAGUUCAACGGAAUUGGUGAAGCCUGCGAGGCCGAAAACUGGUUGAGGCAAAUCUUGAAGAUCUUGGAUAUCUUACGGACACCGGAGCAGUACCGUGUGUCCCUAGCUGUACACCAGCUUGUCGGGGAGGCUGACAACUGGUGGGAUACCGUCCGUAGCCUACGGACUGUCGCUGAUCUAACUUGGGCAGAGUUCGAGCAACUCUUUCUGGAGAGGUUCUUUCCACCUGUCCUGAAGGCACAAAAGAUCAGUGAGUUCUUUGUUUUGACCCAAAGAAACAAGACCACUCACGAGUAUGUUGUGGCCUUCACACGACUACUUAAGUAUGUGCCAGCAAUCGCCAACGACGAUCAGAUGAAGAAACAGAGGUUCAUGGCGGGACUCCGAGACUCGAUUCGACGUGAGUUACGCUCGGACACUACCUUGAGCUAUAGUGAGUCUGUAGCCGCCGCCUACGCCAUCGAGGCUGAUGAAGCUGCAUACCCAAGACGUGGGGAUGGUCAGGGAAGCUCUCACCCACGGAAGAAUCACUUGGUGCACCGGAGGAAGCUCCGAGGAGGAAAUUCCCAAGGAUAUGCCAGUUCCAGCAGUAGUAGUGGAUCUUCAGGGAGACGGGGCCCUGCCCCCUACACUUGUUUUGCUUGUGGCCAACCUGGACACACCAAGCCGCUGGCAGUGAGGUAUGACCAGCAGAUCACUGCACCACGACCUGCCAACCAGGCAAACCGAGGAAGAAACCGUGGAGGACGCAGCCAGGGAGGACGUGGACAACUGAAUGCAAUCACCGGUGGAGAGACUACUGAGGCUUCUGGCUCUGGCACCGCACUAGCUGGUACGAUACUCAUCUCUAACUCUGAGGCUAGAGUUUUGCUUGACACUGGUGCAUCUCAUUCAUUCAUCACUACAUGGUUAGCUGAGUCACUAGAACUAGAACCAACCCCGCUAGACGGAGUUUUCGACUUUAACACACCGCUUGGUGUGGGGACUGGAGUAGACAAAGUCUAUAGGAAGUGCCAAGUUGUUAUUGGCGGUAGGAAGCUCCAAGCCGAUCUCUAUCCAAUCGAGUUGUAUGAUUUUGAUCUAAUUCUCGGGAUGGACUGGCUGAGCAAGUACAGAGCACUCAUCGAUUGCGAUCGAUGCGCCGUACGAAUCAUGCCACCAAGCAGGGAGGCCUUCGAAAUAAAAAUGGCAGAACCCCUCCUACCUCCAAGUUCACUACUGAAGGCUUGUUUUCGAGGAAGGAGAACGCUUGCUUGUUACAGCAUCAUCGCGGCAGGGGAAAAGGCAAACAUGGAGACCCACGGCUACGUGCCGAUUGUAGACGAGUACCCCGAUGUAUUCCUGGAGGAGCUACCAGGAUUACCCCCGCAUCGUGAAGUGGAAUUUCGCAUUGACCUAGUUCCCGGUACCGAGCCGAUCUCGAUAUCGCCAUAUCAGAUGGCACCAGCCGAGAUGAGCGAAUUGAGGUUACAAUUAGAAAACCUGGAAAUACGUGAAGAGGACAUACCGAAGACGGCUUUCCGAACGCGCUAUGGGCACUUCGAGUUUGUUGUCAUGCCUUUUGGGCUAACCAACGCCCCAGCCGCAUUCAUGGAUCUAAUGAACCGAGUAGUUCGACCCUACUUGGAUAAGUUCGUGAUUGUCUUUAUCGACGACAUCCUCAUCUACUCCAAGACGCAAGAGGAGCACGCUUAUCAUCUUCGCAUAGUUCUGCAGACACUAUUGGAUCACCAACUCUACGCUAAGAAAUCCAAGUGUGACUUCUGGCUCACCGAAGUAAAGUUCCUUGGACAUGUCAUCUCUACAGCUGGACUUUCAGUGGAGCCUUCGAAAGUCGAAGCUGUAGUUAAUUGGGAACAACCACAGAACGUGACCGAAAUCCGCAGUUUUCUUGGACUGGCUGGUUACUACCGCCGCUUUAUCCAAGAUUUCUCUAAGAUCGCUCUACCAUUGACCAAGCUGACAAGGAAAGGCGCAAAGUUCGAGUGGGACGACAAGUGUGAGAACGCUUUUGUAGAGCUUAAGACGAGGCUGACAACCGCACCUGUACUAGUUCUUCCGAACAAUGUCGACCCGUACCAAGUGUACACCGACGCCUCGGGGAACGGACUAGGUUGUGUGCUUAUGCAAAAUGGCCAAGUUGUGGCCUAUGGCUCUAGACAGUUAAAGCCGCACGAGAGGAACUACCCGACUCACGACUUAGAAUUGGCUGCUAUCGUCUUCGCAUUGAAGAUCUGGAGGUGCUAUCUCUAUGGCACGCAAUUUGAAGUCUACUCUGAUCACAAGAGUCUGAAGUACAUCUACACUCAGCGUGACUUGAAUCUACGCCAGAGAAGAUGGAUGGAGUAUCUGAAGGACUACGAGUUCAAUUUGCUCUACCACCCGGGAAAACUUGGAACACAGAUAAUUUUGAGUUCAGCAUACCACCCUCAGACUGACGGACAAUCUGAACGCACCAUCAAGACUUUGGAGGACAUGCUACGAGCUUGCGUAUUGGACUUCGGAGAGAAGUGGUAUGACUGUUUGCCACUCGCGGAGUUUACGUACAACAACAGUUAUCACCGUAGCAUAGGCAUGGCACUGUUCGAAGCACUUUACGGACGGCCAUGCCGGUCGCCUACGUGUUGGGCUGAUGCUCAAGAACAGGCUUUACUAGGACCUGACCUAGUUCAGGAAACCACCGAAAAGAUUCAAGUGGUUAAAGAGAAAUUAAGAAUAGCCCAGAGUAGACAGAAAUCAUAUGCAGACAUGCGUAGGAGACCCCUAGAGUUUGGAGUAGGGGACUUUGUUUAUAUCAAGGUGAAACCUCGGAAGGGAAUCAGUCGGUUCGGGGUCAAAGGAAAGUUGGCACCCCGAUAUAUUGGACCCUUUCCGAUAGUCCAAAGAAUUGGGAACAUGGCUUAUCGGGUAGAUUUGCCACAAGAACUAGAGCAUAUCCACAAUGUGUUUCACGUGUCUCAACUUAAGAAAAGUCCGCCGGAGACCCAGCAAGUCAUUACUUGGAGAAACUUGCCACUGCAAAGUGAUGCCACCUACAGGACGGAGCCUAUAUAGAUUUUAGCACGAAGUACCAGGCAGCUAAGGAACCGCGAGGUUCCAUUGGUAAAAGUUCAAUGGACGCACCAAGGAAAGGAGGAGGUUACAUGGGAACUAGAGACAGAGAUGCGUGAGAAGCACCCCCACCUUUUCAGCCAACCAGGUACAAAUUUCGGGGACGAAAUUUCUUUAAGGGGGGUAGAGUGUAGACCCCCGUAUUCUUUUUAUUUUAUUUAUUGUUUAUUUUAAUUUGUCGAAUAACGUAGGAAGCUACGUAUUCGUAUGGUACACAAGU